AUGGAGGAAAGCCACUCGUUUGGGGAAGACCUGCCGCUCCCACCGGCCCGACUCUUUGAACGUCUCAGCCAACUGCCUGGAUAUACGUGGGACCAGUCAAUAGAGCCCUUCCAUUCAACCUAUAAUCAUUGGCACAUUUCGGGAUUUCGUCAUGCGGUUGAAAACGACCUCUCGACCCCCUUCGCGACCUCCUCCGGACCCACCUCGUCCGGUCCGUCCAGUUUGACCCGCUACUCGCCUCGCACCGAAAUUCGACGACCUGGACGCACCCUGAACCGGCGAAUCAGCAUCAGCGAAACAAGCAGCGAGCUCUCGCUUUCACGGGGCGACCAGGACCAGUUGUGGACCCCCGUCAUCGCUCGGAUAUCGACCAACGUCGUGAGGCUAGAACGGGAGUUCCACAUGCUGAUGUCGGUUGUGCAAACAUCGGACCCGGACUGCAAUCAUACAAUCAGGCCUAUUGAUCUCAUCCGGCUGCCACCGGAUCCUGGGGAUACAAGAACACUGUUGGUUGCAAUCUUUGAAUCACCAGGUCAUGACACGCUGCGGGACCUGGUUACUUUUGGGCCGGCUUCAUUUGCAGCUGGGGUCAAGAGCGACAGCAACAACGUGACCCCCGGAGAGCAGAUUCCCCUGCCCGCAUUCUUUGAUUUUGCAUUGGGUGCCUGUGACUGCUUGGAGAUUCUUCACUACGGCAUGAAAACAGUCCAUGGCGAAAUUCGCGGAGAUGCGUUCCAUUUCAACGGUGACACCGGUACAGUGAAGCUCGCCAAUAUCGGCAAUGGCGCGCGGUCUUUUGAUAAUGUUCUCAGCGAGGGCUGGUCUUCAGUCUCCCGGGAACUUGGAGCAAAGUACAAACUACAAUUUAUUGCUCCAGAGCAGACCGGCAGAAUGCCCACCGAACCAGACAGCCGCACAGAUAUCUACGCUCUCGGUCUUUUCUUCUGGUCGAUGUUGGUGGGGAAGCUGCCCUUCGAAGGCAGUGACCCCGUUGACGUGGUCCAGAAUGUCCUCGGCAAAAAAUUGACCCCGGUCUCGGUUAAGCGAAUGGAUGUUCCAGAUGCUCUUUCAGCCGUCGUCCAGAGGAUGACUCAGAAAGUGGCCCAGGAUCGCUAUCACACGAUUUCUGCCGUUAAGAGGGACUUGUCCCAGAUUGCUAGGCUCUUGGGUGAUGGCGACAGCGAAGCGCUGAACACGUUCGAGGUUGCCCAACAUGAUGUUUCCUCCUUCUUUACCCUCCCAAGUCGGAUGUUUGGGCGACAGCGAGAAUACGACCUGAUCAUUAGUGUGGUCCAGAAAGUCCUCCGGCGUCAGAGAGCGCAACUCGCCAGAGCUUCCACGCAAAGUCCGGGCACGGCGCAUGCCCUGGCUUCAAAUCCCUCCGUUUCGGAUGGCCGUGGAGAUAGCUUUGAACUCGCGUCCGCUUCGAGUGAUUCUGGAUCGUUCCAGUUGCCUCCCAGAACUGGCUCCAAUGCCACCACCGCCUACCACGUGGGGCAUGGUGAUUCAACGUUAACCAGUGAUACGGCAGUGUCAACACCAAAACAUGCAUACUCUACCAGUGUGCAGGAGGCUACCUCAAGCACUGGCAUGUCCAUUCCUGGCAAACCGAAGAGCCCGUCGCAUUCCCGCUCGUCUCACACUACCGACCGUGACAGCUCUAGUGGCACGAAUACCAACAGCCAGCCAUCCACAGGAGCCCAUCCGUACAGCCAGUCUGACCCGUUGAAUUCCUACACCAAGCAAAAAUCCGGGCUGAAAUUCCGCCGGGAUGGACGUUGUGAGUUGAUCACGAUCAGUGGUGCUGCUGGGAUUGGAAAGACCGAUCUUUUGAAUCGCGUGCAACCAACCAUUCGUAAACUGGGUUGUAUCGCUAUCACGCGCCUUGAUCGAGCAAAAAGGGUCCCCUUUGAGCCGUUCGCCAAGGUUCUCGCUAGUCUCCUGCGCCAGAUCUUCUCAGAACCAGAUGUCACGACUGACUAUCACAACAGCGUUCGGAUGGCUUUGCGACCGAUGUGGCCUACUCUUCACAGGGUUUUGGAACUACCGGAACAACUAAUGUCCCCGGGAGUAAAAUACAGACCGUCUUCACCGAAGAGCUCGGCUGCUCAAUACAUUUUCAAGGAUAGUGCUUCCAAGGGCGAGCCAGCCAAGCGGAACAGCUUCCCUUGGUUGAACAAGGAUCAAACAGCAGCCGACUUCUUCUUGUCAGAUGCUGCCUCCAAUCAUAUUCGCCUGAUGGAGACCUUUAUUGAGAUUUUGAGGACUCUCUGUCAGUUCCGGUUGAUCACAGUCUGUAUCGACGACCUUGAAUAUGCGGACGACGAGACUUUGGAGCUGGUUUUGAAUAUCAUCAAAGCAAAGCUGCCUUGCGUGCUUAUACUGACGAGCCGCAAGGAUGAAAUUGCCUCUGACAACGUCAGGUCCUUGUUCGAAUCAAAUGGUUCCAACAUAACACGCAUCGAGCUUAAUCCUCUUGCAGAGUCUGAGGUUAUGGAAUUGAUCGCAUGCACGAUGCACCAGGAGCCUAAUCCAACCCUAACGCCGCUCGCUGCCGUUGUUCAGGAGAAGAGCCAAGGAAACCCCUUCUACGUGCGGGUGAUGCUUGAAACUUGCUAUCGAACGAAUUGCAUUUGGUAUUCGUGGAAGGACUCGAGGUGGCUAUUUGAUCUCGAUCGCAUCUUUACCGAAUUCGUGGCCCCCGUGUACGGAGAAGGGCUGGGCCUGGGUUUCCUCACUAAGCGCCUCCAGGAGAUCCCGCCUGCUGCGAGGUCCAUCAUGGUCUGGGGAGCUUUGCUUGGAAGCACCUUCUCAUUCUCUUUGGUGCAGAAGCUCCUCACCAGCGAGUUUCUUUAUUCUUCCGAGGAUGAUCAGGAUCAGGACCUGACAUCGCCGCAAAAUGCCACCCUUGUCAGGAAGUCAGAUGGCGAUAUAGUCGUCGGUCUUCAGUACUUGGUGCAGUCCAAUCUUUUGAACCCAGGCAAAACUGAUGACGAGUUCAGAUUCGGGAAUGAUCGUCUUGCGCAGGCUGCUCUUUCCCUAAAUGAGGGCCGAAAUGUGGAGAAAAUGCAUUUUAUUGUCUCCCAAGCGUUGAUGAAAUACUACCACGAUCAUCGCAGCCGGUACGCAAUGGCGCACCAUGUGGCUCUUGCGUCCCGAAUCAUCAAGUCUCGCGUUUCCAAGAGAAUCGAAUACCGACGGAUUCUAUGGGACGCUGGGCAAACAGCUGCUCAGUCUGGAGCACGACCAUCUGCCCUCUGGUACUUCCGUCAUUGCAUUGCAUUGCUUCAAAACCAGCCCUGGGAUGGCAGUAAAAAGGAUGUCUAUUACGACGAAACUUUGCGGCUUUUCAUUGCCGCUGCCGAAAUGUCAUGGUCCCAGGCUCAGCAUACCGAGGCCUUGAAACUGAUCGACGAGGUUUUUGUCCAUGGCAAAACUGCAGUGGACAAAUCGAGAGCUUGGGUCGUCAAAGCCAAGAUUUUUGCUCAAUUGGGCGAUCAUCAUCGUUCGAUGGAAGCGUUGCUCACCUGUCUCGAUGAACUUGGCGUCCAUCUUCGGGCUCCCACGACUUUGGAAGAGUGCGAUGUAGCCUACUACAAGCUGAAGUCGUACCUUGAGGCGGCUGACUUGGACUCAAUUGCCGAAAAAGCCACCAGUAAGGAUCCGGUCCUCAUCACUAUUGGAGCAGUCAUGGCAGAAGCAAUGUCCGUGACUUACUGGGAUGAUGCGUUGACCUUCUAUCGGAUGGCGAUUGAAAUGAUGAACGUUCACAUUUUCAAAGGUGGGUUCACACCGAUUUCGAUCGGAUGUUCUCAUCUUGCCAUGAUCGCCCUGAGCCGCUUCAAAGACAUUCAAUUCGGUGCUAAACUCAGUGACUUCUCGCUCUCGCUUCUUGAGCGAUGCCCUGAACUAUGGACCCAGAGCAGAGGAUCUAUUGCGCACAAUCUUUUCGUGAGCCAUUUGCGCAUCCCGUUGGUAUCGACUCUACCUUCACUCGAAGCCUCCUUGGAGGCGUCAUUCACAAUGGGCGAUCCCUCUAUUACCCUGAUCAGCAUUUCGUCAAUGGCCAUGACCCGCCUCUAUCUUGGCCAAGACAUGGCUGAGCUGGAAGCCUUUUGCGUGGAAACUCCAGAAGACAUUCCGGAAUGGAUGCGAGAUACCCGUGGUGGAGCCAGCAUAAUUACCGUGCGGCAAGUUGCACGAGCGCUCCAGGGUAAAACUGAUUUCCGAGCCGAGCAAGGUAUCAUGUCAGACCGAGAACACAAUGCGAUUGAAUACAUGGCGCACUUGGACGCCAAUUCCAGUAACGUUGACAGGCCUCGGGAUAUCUAUUGGGGUCUUGCCAUGAUGCCCCUGUUCCUGUUUGGGCAUCAUGAGAAGGCCGUCCAAGUGGGUACACAGUUACUGGACACAAAACACAGACUCUGGUCCGUGCGUGUGUCCUACGUGAUUUACUUCUACCUGGCCAUGUCCCUUCUCACGCUUCACAACGAUAAUCCCGGCCACGGAUACCUCGACGGGGAAAUGGAGACCGUUCUCAAGUACAAAGCUGAGAUUGACUUCGCUCGGAGUGCCUCGGAUGUCAAUUAUGGCAUGUGGUCGCUGCUGCUGGAAGCGCUCAUCGCAGAAGUACGGAAUGAUCACUCCGCUGCGAUUCAACAUUACGAGGCGGCUAUCGAUCACUGCCAGGUCCAUGCGUGGCCCUUGGAAGAGGCUCUCGCUCUGGAAUUGCAAGGUGAAUUUCUGGUGAGACGCGGAGCGAAACGCGCAGCUCGGGCGCUGCUGCAGGAGGCUAUCGCAGCUUGGGGCUCCAUUACUGCGAAUGGCAAAGCAGCACAUAUUGCCGAGAAGCACGAAUGGCUGCUCAAGACAGCAACCUCGGCGAAGACAAUUGAUGUUGGUUGCCAAACUGUCGAUUCUCUAAUUGAGAUCGGCCGCGACCCUGGGCCGGAGCAGAUCUCUGAUCCUCAAAACAUUGCAGAGGAUGAGAGGCAACAGCAAUGGAUUGAACAGAAUGGUGUCACUACGGGUGAACGGUCGAUGGAUAUCUCAAGCGUUGGACUCGACAUCAUCGACCUGUCUAGCAUUCUCGACUCUAGCCAAGUCAUGUCAUCUGAGCUUCAAGUCGAUAAGCUUUUCACGAAGAUGCUUGAGAUCAUCCUUGAAUCAUGCAAUGGCGCCGACUUCGCCGCCAUUGCCACGGACUUUGACGAGAACGGUUUCUCAAUCGCUGCUACAAACGAUGCGGAAAAGGGCCAGAAAGCCUAUACAGAUGGCUUACCGUUCUCUGACAUGGAGGACAAGAUGGCGCAGCACAUUUCGCACUAUGUCAUGCGCACGAAGGAGGAAGUCCUUGUCCACAAUGUGCUCGAGGAUGAGCGCUUCUCCAAUGUGAAUGACGCCUAUAUGGCUAACUUUCCGAUGGGCCGGUCUGUGAUUGCGCUGCCAAUCGUGCAAGCGGAGCAUCUCCUUGGAGUUAUCCAUUUGGAAGGGAAGCCGAACUGGUUCACCCAACGGAACGUUGUUGUUCUUCAUCUUCUGUGCAACCAAAUGGGAAUCUCAUUAUCCAACGCUCUGCUCUUCCGCGAGAUUCGCAAGGUCAGCGCCAAAAAUGCCUCCAUGAUUGAAUCUCAGAAGCGUGCACUCGCACAGGCGCGCGAAGCAGAGCAGAAGGCUAAGGUGGCAGAGGCGGAAGCCAAGCACAACGUCAAGCUCAAGGAGGACGCUGCAAGGGCAAAAUCCAUCUUCCUUGCCAACAUCUCCCACGACUUGCGCACUCCGAUGAACGGUGUUAUCGGUCUUUCGGAGCUGCUCAAGGGCACUGUGUUGGAUAAGGAGCAGGACGAAUACGUUGAAUCGAUCCGCGUCUGCGCCGAUACGCUGCUCACACUCAUCAAUGAUAUCCUCGACUUUUCGAAGCUGGAAGCUGGAAAGAUGAAGAUCUCAACAGUGCCGCUCAAUCUGAAAGAGACCAUUUCGGAGGUCAUUCGUGCACUACGCUACACACAUCGCGAACGGGGCUUAGACACGAUAGAGGACCUGGACCGUGUUCCGGCGGGGCUUGUAGUCCUUGGAGAUCCGGUUCGAUUGCAUCAAAUCUUCAUGAAUCUCCUCAGCAACAGCUACAAGUUCACACCCAAGGGUUCCAUUACUGUCAAAGCGAAGGUUGUUCGGGAGGGCAAAGGCCGCAUCCGCCUCGAAUGCUCCGUGGCCGACACUGGUAUUGGCAUUCCCGAUGAGCAGCGAGCACGGCUCUUCCGCCCUUUCACGCAAGCCGAUCCUUCAACAGAACGAUCGUAUGGUGGCAGCGGGCUGGGUCUCAGCAUCUGCAAAGCGAUCAUCGAGGAUGUUCUCGGUGGCGCCAUCUGGCUUGAGUCAACGCCCGGUGCGGGAACAACUGUGACCUUCCAUCUGGUCUUCAACAAAGCCCCCAAGAAGACUGUGGCAAAGACCCCAUGGUCUCAGGAUCUGACCGAGACCGAGAGCCAGGGAGCACCUCGGCCACUCGCGCGCGACCUCACCCAGAUCCCACGCGACCACAUCCGCGUCUGCAUUGCCGAAGACAACCCCAUCAACCAAAAGAUCGCCGUCAAGUUCGUGACGGGUCUAGGCCUCCAGUGCGAAGCAUACAGCGACGGCAGACAAGCCGUGGAGGCCUUACGGCAGCGAUCAAGAGAAGGAAAUCCAUUCCACGUCGUCUUGAUGGACGUCAUGAUGCCCACUCUGGACGGCUACAACGCCACCCGCGAGCUGCGCCGUGACCCGGACCGAAAUGUGAACGAGGUGCUCGUUAUCGCCAUGACCGCCAGUGCCAUCGAGGGCGACCGGGAGAAGUGUCUCGAAGCCGGCAUGAACAAUUACCUGCCCAAGCCCGUCCGGUCCCCAAUCCUAAGCGAGCUGCUGGACAGAUAUCUCGCUCCUGUGCCUUCUUAUCCGCGAUCCCGUCUCGCUAUCCGAGAAAAGGGCUCGAGGUCGAGUAUCGGCAGAGACGCCGGUGGGCCAGCCAGUUUCUCCUCGUCGGCUUCCGAGGAGACGAGACGCUCGUCUACUCGUUCAUCGUCUACUCCAACACCGUCUACCCCGACCCCAACUCCAUCUACUCCGACGCCGUCCGCUCCGUCAGGCGAGAAAAACUGA